ACUAAAAUGCCCAAAUUGCAGCGUCAUUUAUGUACACACUGCUUCGGCAAUAUUCGUUUAAAUCAGCUCCCAUCGGAAAUAGAAAACUCACGUGAUUUGUCACAUGACACAAAAGGCUAAAGAUGGCGGCGUAUGCAAUAAGAACACAGUGACAUCUAUGUGUUACAUUUAAUUGAGGAAUAUUGCGUGUAUAGAUGACGAUCAUGAAUAGUAAGGGCUUUAAUGUCCCGGGAAUUCCACCCGACCUGCGGCGUGAAGAAACUGUAAUGCAAAUAGCAGAUUCUCUGGACUAUUUAGACAAAGUAGCAAAUGACAUCUUUAACAGGAUUAACAGUCGUGUAGCAGACAACAAAGCAAGACUGCAAAAAGUGAAUGACAGAGUGAACUUGGCACAUGCCAGAGUAGAGAAAUUGAAAGGCAGCAAUAAGGCCACCAAGGUGUUUGCUUGUGCUAAGUACCCAGCUGGGGACGGGAUUGAGGACUAUAAAUCGUUAUUCAAAGACACGGCUGGUCUGAAGGAACCCAAACACAGUCACUACAGGUUACAAGCCAAACAUCAAGUUGUAGAUGAUAGAGUUAUUCGAGAGAAGCUCCUCUACUAUAAUGUUCACCUGGACUUAAAGCGGAAGAAGAAAAUCGGGGAAGAUAAGGAAGAGGGACUUGGGGGACUGCCCAAAGUCCUACCCUCCGUCAGCUCUCUGCUUCUCUUUAAUACCUCAGAAAACCCGUACAAGAAGUAUGUUAUGCUAGACCCCCUAGGCGUGGUGACCAAGACGCGGGCAGCCAUUGAGGAAGAGGAGGCGGGACUAGCAGAUGCUCCCAGCACUAUCGUACAGCGUGAGGAGCUUCAGAGACAGGCCGCAGAAAGCUUCUUCUACAUCCCUGACAUCGGCACUGUCCCAGAAAUAGCUGUACCCGAUUUCCUACCUAAUCUCCUGGGUGUUGCUGAUGAUCUGUCAUUCAGUGCAGACCAGGGUCCAUCGAUUGCUCCUUCUGUUCUGGCCUCCAACAUUCCUGAAUUGCCCUCCGUGGACCUACCUGAGGCUGUACCACCUGGGCCUGCAGCCCUUGGGGGUGAUGCUCCUCCUCCACCCCCUGCACCACCAGGACCACCACCCCCAGGUCCACCUCCAUCAGCACCACCACCCCCACCUCCACCACCCCCGCCUAGUGACGGUGGUGCUCCCCCUCCUCCUCCUCCUCCUCCACCUCCACCACCCCCAGCUCCUCCAAGUAAUGACCUUAGCUCUGCUCCGGCCGAGAUAGCAGCACCUUCUGAUGGGCGAGCAAGUCUCUUGGAUUCCAUACGCAAGGCUGGAGGUGCAGGGAAGGCUAAACUGAAGAAUGUGAAAGAUAAGAAGAAAGAAUCCAAGAAGAAGAAACAAGAGGAGAAGUCGACUGGCGGAGGGGGAGGGGGAGGCGGAGGCGGUGGAGACCUCAUGUCAGAUCUGUUUGCCAAACUGACCAUGAGGCGUAAAGGCAUCUCGGGGACAGUCAAGCCAGGCGCAGCUGGAGGGGGCGGAGGAGAGAAGGCAGAGUCUUCUUCUAAUGGAGGAGGGGGAGGAGUGAUGGACAAGAUCUCCUCGAUGAUUCCUCCCCCACCCAAACCUGGGGAUGGUGCUGCAGAAGCUGAAGACGACUGGGAGUAGAGCCAUGUUUAAUGUCAAUCACUGGGAAGCCAUACGCGAUGAAAUGAUACAAGUACAUACGUGCAAACAAUGUGUAUUACACAAAACUUUCUUCAUUUCUUGGUUUUCUUCUUGCAAUGAAGGCAUAAAACUAAUCAUUUUAUAAAACAAAUAAUUAUUUAAAAAUUUGUUUUUUAAAUAUGUUUCUUAAAUUUCUUUACAUAGUACUGUGAAACCAUGUUAUCGGCGUGGCACUGGUAUCAGUAACAUUAUAAGUAUUAUGAAUCAUGCUGUGUAAUAUAAUUUAAUCUGUUAUUAUGUACAGAUAAUAAUUCUUGUAAAGACACACUGAGGGUUUCACUGGUAAAGUUUAUGAUUUGCACUUGACGGAUUAGAAAGAAUCUGUAUACCGUAUUCGACGUAAUAAGUGCCCCAGUCUUAUAAGCGCCCAUGGCGAUAUUUGCUAAUAUAUUGCCUACUGAACAAUCUCAAUUAGCACCCCUUCCAAUUGAUCAAUGUACACAACACUUA